GCAAAGCAUUUUUCGAUCGAUUUGAAAGUAUAUAAAUGGUAGGAAUACUACUAUUCUUAAAUUAUUGAUAUGGCAAGUUAGUAAUAUGAAUGAUUUAAGUAAAAGUAAGAUGAUAAUGUUAGAUUUAUAUGAUAUAUUAAGAGUGAUGUAAUAAUUAGAAGGUGAAUUGUUUAAGAUUUUAUAAAAAUGGAUGUGAUGUGGAUAAAUGGAUUAGGCUAUUUUUAAAGAUUAUUUAAUAAGAUGUAGGAGAAUAAUAAGAAUAUUAAUGAAAAGAGUUAAUUUUGUAUUAGAUAAAGAUUAUAAUAGGAAAUAAUAAAUAAUAAAUAAUAAAGGAGUAUAAAUGAGCAAUGGUAGUUUGUGAAAAUAAAAGUAGUGUUUUUUAUAGGUCGUAAUGAUUUAGUGAAUUCAAAAUAGAUGGGCUCAGUAAAUAAUAUAGAGUUAGAAGCAAGAAUAGUAAAAAUAUUUGGAUAAUUUCGAUCAUUCUUUUUAAAAGGAGAGAAGUAUUAAAAUCAAUAAUUAUAGAGAUGAGAUUUGGGUUUUUGGAGAGAAUUAAUAUGGAUAAUUGGGUUUAGGAAUGAUUUGUGAUGUACAAAAGAAACCAUUAAAAUUAGAAUAGAAUUAUAAGUUGAUAUCAUGUUCAGAGAGUUAUGGAUAUGGUUAUGAUGAUGAUGAUAGAUUAUAUUGUUGGGGAGAUACAAAGUUUAAUUGUUUAUAAUAAUAGUAGAAAGGUAAAUGUUUAGGAGUGAGAGGGGUAAGUUAAUUGAAUGCUUAGAAUGAACGUUUUUAUUAUAUAUCAGAAGGUAAUUUAUAUGGAUAAGGAUUUACAAAUAUAUUGGGAAUUAGAAUGAAUAAAGUUUCAAUAGGAAAUGCAGUAUUGAUAAUGAAUAAGGUGAAGAAAAUAGCAUGUUCAAACACACAUGCAUUAAUAUUGGAUGAAAAGAAUUAAGUUUAUUCUUGGGGGAAUGGUAAGAAUGGGGAAUUAGGAUUAUAAAUGAGUGAUUAUUCUUACAAUACAUUAGUUUAAUGUCCAACAAGAAUAAUUUAAUUACAAGAUAUUUCAGAUGUUUAAUGUGGCAUUAGUUAUAGUUUAGUAUUAAAUUAUGAAGGAGUAAUGUAUGAAUGGGGAAAUGGAUUGAAAUCUAUGAGUUUUGAAGAUGCAUUGAAAAUUAAGUAAGUAUAUGUAUCUAAUAAUUAUUGUAAUAUACGUAAAAUAGAAGUAUCAUUAAAAUAAGCAGCAUGUGUUGAUUAAGUUGGUCGUUUAUAUUAAUGGAAUCAUUCAAAUGCCAUACCAUCAUAUGUUAAUACAGAAAUCAGAUGUGAAUAAUUUAUUUGUGGAGAUAAUAUUGUUUUAUUUAUUGCUAAUUAAUAAGCGAAUCAAGUAUCUCAACAUUUUAAAUAAUAAAUUAAAGAUAAAGUUUUAAAAUAUAAAUAAUAUGUCGAACUCAAAAAUAAUAAAAUUAGAAAUAUCUAUUAUGAUGAUAAUAAAAAAACAAAGUGUCUUUAAGAAAUUAAUUCUAGAAUUUUAGAAUAAUAAGUUAAGUAAAUGAAACCUGAAGAUUUCUUAUUUACAAGAUUGUAAAGAAAACAACCUAUGUAUAUUUAAUAAAUAAAAAGAAGAAGCACUAUUUAAUUUCCUGAUACUUCUACAGAAACAAAUAAAUCUAUAAACAAAAAGAGAUCUAGUACAAUCAGAUUAGAAUAAUCUUAAUAAUUAAUCCCUACUCUCAUUUAAACAAAUAAACCACAUGAUAAAAUUAAAUAAUCAUAAAAAGAAAUUAAAGAUAUUAAAGAUUAAUGGUAACUCUUUAGAAAACUUUCUUUAGAUUCUAAUUCAGCUCCACUAUUUAAAACUAAGAUACCUUUACAUAUACUCAAUACUAAAUUAUAUUAAGCUAUUGAAAUUGAUAAAGUUUCAGAUCUCAUUCUAGAAUCAGAAAGAUUAAAUCCAUUAUAUAUACCUUAUUCUUCUCAUAUUAUUAGAUCCUAAUCCAUUUCAUAAUCAAAUAAAUAAUAAUAAUAAUAAUAAUAAUAAUAAUAAUAAUCAAAUACAUAAAGAUAAUCACGUUCAAUUACUAAAUCUCAAACUCUUACUGAAUAAACAUCAAUUAUUAAAUCAUAAUAAAAUACAUAGUAAAAUUAAUCUCUCCAUACUUAGAAUUAAAAUGAAUUUAUUCAAGAUCCUAAUAUCAUGAAAUAUGAGUAUGUCAAAAGAAUUCAUAAUGGAUUUCAUGAAAAAUUACUAAUGGAUAAUCUAAUGACUAAAGAACAAUGUUUCUUACCUAUCAAAUGGAAACGAUUAAAAGAUGAUACUAAAAUAUAUUAAACCAAAUAUCAAAAAAUGCAAGAAAGAUUACUCCAAAAAUAAAGAGAAGCAAAAUAAUUGAUCAAAAUAAAUGACGCAUGA